UUAGUUUUUUUCAGCGCGUGGUUUACGACAGCGUGGUGACUUUACGCCAUUUUAUGAUAAUAGCAGUGAGAGAGGUAAACAAGCAAACUCGGCGUAAAUUUCUGCUCCCAAAAGUGGGAAUAUCAUUAAACGAGUGACAAUGCUCCUCCAAAAUCGAGCUGUGUUUGCUCUUGGUCUUCGCAUGUGCUCCACUCAUGUGAUGAAAGGACCUUUGAUGGACACAGCAAGACCCAACUCAGACAUGUCUGAAUUCCGCAAGGUUUUUUCCAAAGCAAAGCACAUAGCAAUCAUCACAGGGGCAGGUGUGGGUGCAGAGAGUGGAGUACCGACCUUCAGGGGAGAAAAUGAGAAGUGGAGGAAGUGGCAAUCUCAGGACCUGGCGACCCCAGAGGCCUUCUCUCGAACACCGUCUCGGGUCUGGGAGUUCUACCAUUACAGAAGGGAGCUGGCUUUGGAUAAGAAGCCCAGUGCUGCCCAUCUGGCCAUAGCAGAGUGUGAGGCCCGGCUGAGGAAGCAGGGACGCUCCGUGGUUGUCAUCACCCAGUGCACAGACGACCUCCACCGACAGGCCGGGUCCAAACAUGUGCUCAAGAUUCAUGGCAGUCUAAUGGAGACGCGCUGUGUGAGUUGUGGACAUGUGACCGUGAACAAGCGAAGCCCCAUAUGUGCUGCCCUAAAGGACAAAGGUGUACCUGACCCAGAUGUUCCUGAUGCCCAGAUUCCUGUGGAUAAACUGCCAAGGUGUGGCGAAAGUGACUGCCACGGUCUUCUGAGGCCCAACGUGGUGUUUUUUGGAGAAACUCUAGACUCUCAUAUCCUGACCAAGGUGGAACAUGAGAUGGAAACCUGCGAUCUCUGUCUGGUGGUGGGCACGUCUUCAAUUGUUUACCCUGCAGCAAUGUUUGGCCCCCAGAUUGCAUCGAGGGGCAUCCCGGUGGCGGAGUUUAACACAAAUACAACCCCAAAAUCUGAGUACUUCACGUACCACUUCCAGGGUCCGUGUGGAACAACGCUGCCUCCAGCUUUGGCGGGACAUGAGUCAGAGGGUAUUUAAGUUUGUAAAGAGAAUUACUCUUUAAGCAGCAACCGGUGGCUUCUUCUAUGUAAUAAUGCAAUACAAGGUUGGAUGUGAUGAUAGGGGGGGGCGGGGUUCAUAGCAAUAUUUAUUAAAUGUUUGCCUUAAAAUCAGUUGAGCUGUUGAUGCUUGGGAUAGGAAGAGUUGCGCUUAUAAUAUAGCUUACUUAAUACUUGAAUAUACUGUAUAGCUCUAUAAACUGGAAAUGGGACAUCGUAGGUUUUACACAUUUGCUGAGUUAGGCAGGAGCCAUGCAGCUCUGUAUACGAUAGGGAAUGCACUAUGUAUGUCGUUAUUUGCAUAGGAUAAUGCAGCCUAAGAUAUCAGAGGGUAUUGCUACUCUUCUCAUAUGUUGCGUAUUAGACGCCGGUGAGGGAUCGUCAUGUUUUGCUGUAGAUCAGAACAUAUCACUCCUGGUGUGAACGGAGAAUAUUCCGCUUUUUUUCUCUUUCCACCGACUGAACAGAUGUACAAAGCGUGACCUAAUCUCGUGCCUUUCAAAACUGUUUACACAACCUUGACCAAAACGCUCGCAUUAAUCAAACCAAAUCAACCAAUGUUACAGAGAUUUAGUCACAGAGUUAAGAGUGUGAGGACAGGGGAGGGGGGGGUUAGAGUAGAGGGAAACUGUUCUCUCUUCAAUCCUAGCCUGAUUCAGCGUUAUCUCCUUCUCAUGCCGUUUGAAUGUGUUUUAGUAUGACAUCAGUAUAGUUGCAUGUCAUGGGUUAUUCAUGAUGCAUUUUUACACAAUUAUGUGUUCAACAUCUGCAGAUGCAAAAUGUCUAAAAAUGAAAGCAGUCAUAUAUUUGAUAAUAUGUUUGUUUUUUUAAACGACAAAUAACAUCACGUACAAUUUCUUAUGAUGAAAUCUGCCAAUGCAUAUAUAAAGUGAUUAUUAAAGCACUAAAUUUACA